AGCACCAACAAUUCUAUUCAACCUCCUCCUCCCUUGAACCAGGAAAUUGUCGUGGUGUGCCGGGUGUCUAGAUUGAUAGGGUGUCUAGAUUGAUAUAUGUGUGUAUCACAUUUUUACCAUCGUUGUAUCUUAUGUCUUCUAUUUUCUACUCCGGCUACUCAUCCAAAACCACAUAUCUAGCUUGGGAGAGAGGAUUUGCAGUCUCGCCAAACAAUGAGUGAGUCCAGUAUCUGCCAGGUGCGAGCCACGGUCAUGCAGUAUGAUGAUGGUAACAAGCGCUGGGUGCCGGCGGGUGAGGGGGGCCAGGCCAUCAGCAGGGUCCAGAUCUACCACAACCCCGUAGCCAACACGUUCCGAGUGGUGGGACGCAAGAUGCAGGGUGACCAGCAGGUGGUGAUCAACUGCCCAAUCGACAAGAGGCUGAAGUACAACCAGGCUACCGCCAACUUCCACCAGUGGCGGGAAGGCCGGCAGGUGUGGGGGAUGAACUUUGGCAGCAAGGAGGAAGCUGUUCUCUUUGCCAACGGCAUGAUGCAUGCCCUGGAGGUGCUGAGUGCACUCACUGACUCAGGCUACUCCUCUCUCCCCCGCCCUGCCCAGAAUGGACCCUCCCCAGAGGAGCUGGAGCAACAGAGGAGACUGGAGCUGCAGAGGCAGGAGCAGCAGGAGAGAGAGCGGCUGGAGAGCGAGAGACAGGCCGCACCCAUCCCCCCUGCAGCCCCGCCUGCUCCUCCCUCUGCCCCCGGUGGCCCCCCGGCUCCCCCAGGACCGCCUCCACCCCCAGGCCCCCCACCUGCUGGCCCCCCACCCCCACCUGGCCCCCCACCACCCCCUGGGUCUGGGGCCCCACCUGCCCCACCUCAGUCUGGUGGAGGAGGAGGAGGGGGCGAUGGAGGGGGUCUCGGUGGGCCCGGGGGACUAGCUGCAGCCCUAGCAGGAACCAAACUACGCAAAUCGGCCAAGGAGGAUGGUGGUGCGGCAGCGCCUCCUCCAUCGGGAGGAGGAGGAGGAGGUGGUGGGGGAGGAAAUCUGAUGGGGGAGAUGAGUGCCAUCCUGGCCCGACGGAAGAAAAUGUCAGAUAAUCCAGGCGUAAAGAAGGAUGUGCCCAGCAAUGAAGACUCCUCAAAGUCCUCAGGCCAAGGUGACAGCCUCAGGAGACCGUGGGAGAAAUCAGCCACCAUUCCAAGGACUAACUCAACCACCAAGACCCAGCUGCAGGAGAGCAGCCCCACCUCCACCACCCCUGCUCUUCCUCCCGCCCCCCCAUCUCCAUCCUCUGCCCCAUUGCCCAGGAUGAAGGCAGUGAACAACACCACGGCCAGCACAGGCAGUGAAGACACAGAGAUGGAGAGAAUCAAGCAGGAUAUCCUUGAGGAAGUGAGAAAAGAGCUCCAUAAAGUGAAAGAUGAAAUUAUCGGGGCAUUUAUCCAGGAGCUGCAGAAGAGAGGCCCAGUAUAGUCUCUCAACAUAUAGCUACUGGCACCUGGACAAAAGAUGGUGGGGAGGGGAGGAUGAAUCAUACUAUUUCCUGCACUGUUCAGGUUGUUCUCCCUCAAUGUUCUACUCACCACACACCUAUACGUUUAGGAUUGUACCAAUCGGCACUCUUCCGAAAUUCUGUUCGCCGUUAUUUUUCUCGUUUCAAGAGCUUUGCUGUGCCUCUCUUGCUCCGCCAUCACUGCCUACCUUACUCUACUCACCUCCCAAGUCAACUCCCAAAUCUUACCUGUGUCCAUUUCUGGCCUUACUCUUCACUAGAGAAAACAAUUCAGGGAAUAUCAUCGACCACACCAUCGAAACGCAGUACAUUUCCAACAGUUGCACAUUUAAAAGUCAACCUAACUUUGGUCGCUGCAGCAGAAGUCAUUUUUUUUGUAUAUUUUUGUAACAAGCUGCAGUAGUUGACCACAGGGGGGCACUGUGAAUCAGGAGAAUUGCACAUGAAGCCUAUCUCUGUAGUUUCUGUACUACCCAGGAGCAGUUAGGGAACUACAAAUCCCAGCUCGUAACAAUAAGGGAGUUCUCCUGGUUAAAUGUCUGUCUGUCCGUCUACAGCUAUUAAAAGUAAGGUGUUGAUCUUGGGUCAGUUUUGCAUUUUCCCAACUAGUGGUUUAUGUUAGGAUUAGAGGCGGGGAACCUGAUCCUAGAUCUCUACCAAGGGGAAACUUCACCCCGGAGCCACUUUAUACUGGUUGUCCUCUGAGCUCUGGCUACACCUCACAUCAACUGUUUUUUUUUCACCUCAGGGAUUAGCGGAUGCAUAUCAGUUAGGACCGUCUGCACCGGGUCCUAUUCCAGUUACGGGUCCUAUGCCCACUUUUCCAUGUAGCACAGACAACCCCAGCAGACCACCUAUAGAUGACAAACGGGCCCAAUCCCAAAUCAACCCCUAGCCCCUGCAACCUCUGCCUCACUAGUAGAGAUGUGAGAAGAUUGGUGUAAGCAAUAUGGAAAAAUGUCAUUCAGCCAAUCAGCGCAAGUUGGAGCUAUUACCAUAUUACUUACGCCUGUCUUAUCCAUUCAGAUCUCCACAAGUACAUAUGGCUAGGGGUCGAUAUGGGAUAUGAUGAUAGUUUGCCACCUGAAAACAAACAUAGUUAUUAGAAUGGGCAUUGUCCUCUAAAAGCAAUGAACAAUUGUUGAUUGGAUGUUAGGUGAACAAUUUUAUCUAUUUAAGAAUGAAUAAAUAUUUUUUUAAGCACUUUAAUGCCUGGCAUUUCCUAGCUCCCUGUGAAGCACGUCCAAUAGGUUGCCAACCAUAUCCAUUUCCCAAUGACAUGGAGAACUAUGCCUGUUCUGUCCAUUCUAUUUCUACGUUCCUAACACUGCCUACUCUUCUAGUCGCCACAUAAGAGGAGGGGAGCAGGUUGGGGACUGUACCUGGUAUGAUUCUGCUGCAGUGCAGGUAACUGCAACGUAUCACUGUGCAGUCCAGGGACGUGUACCUGACUGUGUAGGAUCUUCUAAAGACACAGUGCCUCCAGAAAGGAUUCACACCCCUUGACCUUUUCCACAUUUUGUUGUGUUACAGCCUGAAUUUAAAAUGGAUAUAUGUCACUGAUCCACACACAAUAUCCCAUAAUGUAAAAGUGGAAUUUUGCUUUUAGAUUAUUUAUUUUUUACAAAUGAAUACAAAAUGAAAAACUGAAAUGUCUUGAGUCAAUAAGCAUUCAACCCCUUUGUUAUGGUAAGUCUAAAUAAGUUCAGGAGAAGAACAUUUGCUUAACAAGUCAUGUAAGUUGCAGAGACUCACUCUGUGCAAUAAUAGUGGUUAACAUGAUUUUUGAAUGACUACCCGAUCUCUGUACCCUACAGAGCACAGCGGUCUAAGGCACUGCAUCUCAGUGGAAGAGGUGUCACUACAGUCCCUGGUUCGAAUCCAGGCUGUAUCUUAUCCGGCCGUGAUUGGGAGUCCCAUAGGGCAGGGCACAAUUGGCCCAGCGUCAUCCAAGUUUGGCCAGUGUAGGUCGUCAUUGUAAAUAAGAAUUUGUUCUUAACAGACUUGCCUAGUUAAAUAAAGGUUAAAUAUGCUGCCACAGCCACUAUCCAGCCAUCUUGUCACUCUCUUAACAGCCAUAGCACCACGGAAAGUUGCAGACCAAUGUAACUGACUUGCCAAGUUAAAUAAAGGUCAAAUAUUAAUACAAUUAUCUGUAAGGUCCUUCAGUUGAGUAGUAGGGAAUUUCAAGCACAAAAACAGGGAGGUUUUCCAGUGCCUCACAAAGAAGGGCACCUAUUGGUAGAUUGUAUAAUAAAAUAUACCAUUGAGCUUGGUGAAGUUAUUAAUUACACUUUGGAUAGUGUACCCAGUCACUACAAAGAUACAGGCAUCCUUCCUAACUCAGUUGCCGGAGAGGAAGGAAACCACUCAGGGAUUUCACCAUGAGGCCAAUAGUGAUUUUAAAUGACGGUUAUGGGAGAGAACUGAGGAUGGAUCAAUGACAAUGUUACUCCACAAUAUUAACCUAAAUGACAGAGUGAAAAGAAGGAAGCCUGUACAGAAUAAAAAAUAUCCCAAAACAUACAUCCUGUUUGCAGUAUGGCACUAAAAUAAUAAUGCAAAAAAUGUGGCAAAGAAAUCAACUUUUUGUCUUGAAUACAGUGUUAUGUUUGGGGCAAAUCCAACAUCACUGAGUACCACUCUUCAUAUUUUCAAGAAUGGUUGUGGCUUCAUCAUGUUAUGGGUGUGCUUGUAUCGGCAAGGACUAGGGAGGUUUUUUCAGGAUAAAAAUAAACGUAAUUGAGCUAAGUGCAGGCAAUCUGGUUCAGUUUGCUUUCCAACAGACACUGGGAGACAAAUUCACCUUUCAGCAGGACAAUAAUCUAAAACACAAAAUGUGAAAAAAGUUAAGGGUUGUGAAUACUUUCUGAGGGUACUGUACUUAAUAAUACUGGCAGCUAACAUGAGAGAUGCCAAUCUUCUGACAGAGACGCCAAUCUUAGCUAAUGCAACUCUGCCUUGUCACCUGAAUGCACUUACAAUCGUAUAGAUUCGUUAUUAAGCAAAAAGAAUAGUACUUAAAUUGCAUAUGGUUUUCUAUUUCCAUUGGAAAUACUGUGGUAAUGACAAUGGAAUGUAUUUUUUGAUUAAUUGUAAUUGUUAUUUUGGAUUUAUUAAGGGUGAUUUUUCUAUUAGAGAGAAUGAUAUUUACACUCAUAUUUGUGAGAGAAAUUGCCUUUAACACACUUGAUUGGAGAUGCCUUUCUGGUCAAAUACAGCUGUUUCUUGUAUUAAACUAUGGUCUGUCUCAUCUGUUGUUUUGGGUGGGUGGAGAGACUAGGGAUGUAUUAAUCAGUUUUCAUAGUGGCAGUUAUAUUUACUUGAAUGUACACCAUUAUAUACCGCAAGAAUAUGCAGUGUUUUGUGUGAAUGUGCAUCACCUAGUAGAGGGCUAGUGAUUUCUGUUCAAUGGCCUGAUAAUAGGAGCAGUUUUUUAGUUUCUCUGUCUUAGCUCUGAUGCACCUGUACUGUAUCCGUCUGUAGGACGGUAGCUGAGUGAACAGUCUGUGGCUCAGUUGACUGAGGUCCUUAAUGAUCUUCUUGGCCUUCCUUUGACACUGGACGCUGUAAUGUCCUGGAGCGCAGGCAACGUGCCCCCAGUGAUGUGUUGGGGUGCCCGCACCACCCUCUGGAGAGCCAUGCGGUUGAGGGCGGAGCAGUUGCUGUACCAGGCGGUGAUGCAGCCCAACAGAAUGCUCUCAAUGGUGCAUCUGUAGAAGUGUGUGAGGGUCUUAGAGGCCAUGCCGAAUUUCUUCAGGUGCCUGAGGUUGUAGAGGCACUGUUGCGCCUUCUUCACCACAAUGUUGUGGCGGCCUUGAAAUUAUAUCAGCCGGUUGUCAUGCAAAAGACAGUCGGUGUUAUGGUAAUUGUCCGUUAAUGAACAAACGCACCAUCGCCAGGCCUCCAUGCAUACAAGCCCCUGAUGCGUGCGUUUCCUUUGGAACAUUUACAUUUAAAAAGUUGAAUAAUCAAUUUAAUAUACACCAUCACAAUGAAUACAUUAUUCAUUUUAGGUAGGUCUAAAGAAACAUUUUGAUAUGAAGAAAAUGUUUUUCAGAAGAGCAGAAUACGAGUUGGCCUACUGUAUGUUUUCUGGCUAUGCCCCAUGCUGUAGGCUUGUUCAUUUAGCAGACAAGUGCCAUUAUUUUAUAUGAUUGAAUAGUAAGAAGAAUAUAAUUGAACUUGAUUGAAUAAAAUAUAAUAUUUUGCCCA